AUAUAUGUGUGUAUGCACUGUGUAUAUGUAUGUCCAAUAAGAGGGAGUUUACAUCUUUUUGCAGACGAAACUGUACCCCCUAGCUCUUCGCUCUUGUAUAGAGCAAGUUAAGAAAAGCCAGUUUUCACGCAUGAGUGGGCAACACAAGGUCACACACUACCGACUUGUCUGUCAACACACGUUCUCUUGGACAACUGUGCGAACAGACAACUAAUAAUGCACACGUGGUAGUCACAGAACAUCGCAACACUUUAGCGUGGAAAUCAUUUUUUUGUCAAGAUUUGUAUAGAAUGGGAGCUGCCAAUACAACACCGGGGCCUUUGGUAACAGGUAAUCAGUUGCCAGUUCCACCAACUGGCUGUCCUAUGCAUCAUCAAAACAAAAGCUGCACAGAAGUUAGUGUCAGUAGCACUGCUACAAAAGCAGCAUCUGAAUGCCCUAUGCAGAAGACUUCACAAGCAAGUAUAAUGCCCACUGGGUGUCCUAUGAGAAAGGAACAACCAUCUGUAGAUGAAUUAAACACUGACAAUAUGAUGCCACCACCCAAUCAAAGGCCUGCACCCGACCAGCCUUUUCCCUUGUCACUUGAACGUAAAACCUCCACCAUUCCAAAAGCUGGCACUGAUGAGACGUGGGUGUACCCUUCACCACAAAUGUUCUGGAAUGCAAUGUUGCGCAAAGGUUGGCGUUGGAAGGAAGCAAGUUUAUCCCCAGGAGACAUGGAGAACAUUAUUAAAAUUCAUAACGCAAACAAUGAGCAGGCCUGGCAGGAAAUUCUCAAGUGGGAGGCCCUCCGUGUCCAGGAGGGUGGAAUGCCCAGGCUCAAGAGAUUUGGUGGGAAAGCAACAGAGUACUCGCCCAGAGCCAGGAUCAGGCACUGGCUAGGGUAUGAGCUACCUUUUGACCGCCAUGACUGGAUUGUGGACCGCAAUGGCAAAGAGGUGCGCUACAUCAUUGAUUACUAUGAUGGUGGCAGUGUUGAUAAAAACACCUACCAGUUCACCAUCUUAGAUGUGCGCCCAGCUCUAGACUCCCUUGAGGCAUUUGUAGAUCGCAUGAAAGUGGCUGUCUGGCGCUGGACCUCAAGCCAAGAUGCAAGGUCACCAGGCAGUGCUAAUACCGUGCCUCACUUAUCUGAAGGCCAGCCUCCCAAGUCAUCAUAGCACUGCUAGCUUUUGCUUCCUCUCUGUUGUCUUCUCUUUCAUGGUUUUUACUUUGUCUUUUUUUUCUAGCCUUCAUCUAGUAUCUUAUUCACAUGUCCUGUUAAAACAAAACAGAUACAUAGUAGCCUAGACCAGUCAGCUGUUGUUACCAGCCUGUAUGGACGUGAGCACAAAAACAGCGCAUGCUUGUAGCUUUUCUCACCCACAUCAGCUGAAAUGAAAUGGUUGAAAUAGGUCAGAAAUGAUAUUUUCAGGGAAAUAGCAAUAAAUCUUCUUGCUUCCUGCCUUUUCAGCUUCAAAAUGGAUUUUAUUUAUAUUACAUAUAAUUGAAUAAGCAUUUUGGGAUUGAAUAAGGUUGAGGAACUCGUUUACAAUGAUGAGAAAAUAACCUUGCCAAUACUUUAUCACAGUGGGUUAAUACUAGUCACAUCUUACACUUAGUAGACUGCUAUAGUAAAAAUACUGGGGAUCUGGCUGUGUUGUUAUUUAAUGAAAUAAUUUCGUCUCCUGUUUUAUCUUCACAACUUUUAGCAAGUUUUAUUGCCACUACCUGAGAAUUCUUUAUUAGAGACAAAAUUUGUUACAAAAUGAUGAGCAGCUGACCAUCUCCCUUGAUGAGAUACUGCUUUCUCAUUGCUUGCAAAUAUAUGUGUGCGUGUGCAUACUUGCACAUGGGAGAGAGGGCGGGUGGUGUGCAAGUAAACAUGGGAUCAAUGUCAGUGUUUGGUUCAAAUGCUGGUGAGACUGCUUCUACCAGCUAGAUAUGUAGGUUGUGUGUGUGUGCAUGCACCAUGUGGAAAUAAAAGACAUCUGUGUUGAGAA